AUGGGCGGUGACUCGGCCCGGCCCUCCCACCCCUUCCGGGGCUACGCGGGGCCAGAGCCGGUUCGGGCCUCGCGGGCUCGUCACCCUGUGCGGACCCCGCCCCGCCGCCGCAGGCCCGGGCCCAGCUUAGGGUCGCCUCCCGCCCGCUUCUGCCUCGCGCUCCCCCCCCACCUACCCCCACCGCCUGGCUCAGCUAAUGGGCGGGGGGACCGGGAUGCGACCACCUGCCGGAGGCUCCACCCUCCGCCCGGGCCCUGUCGGCCCCUCGCUGCGUCUUCAUUUCUAGCCCGGCGGGCGCCAGCCCCAGCCUCCCGGUGCGCGCCCACAUUCCGCCGCCCGGUCUUACCAGCCACGGGCCUCGCUCGGAACCGCGGCGGCCGCGCUCCAGGGACCGCUGCCGAGCGGGAAGGACGGAGCUGCGGCGGAGACUGCACGGAGCGCCGAGCGCCGACCGCCAAGCGCCGACCGCGGAGCCUGAAUUUUGCUGCCCACUGUUCAGGCUCCUCCAGGGGGUCCUCAGGUAGCCCCACCACCGGUAACCCGACUGCUCAAGCCAGCGGGCCUCCCCAGUCCCGGCCGGAUUGGACUCUGGGACCACGUCUGAAAUGGUGCUGUCUUGCUUCCCAAGAAUGGCCCCCAGCGUGUUGCUCACCCCAAGGAAAGAAGGGCAUUUCUCUGACGGUAUCAGGAAGCACCUGGAAGCCCCGGCGCGGUGUGGGGCCUGCUGGGGACAGCUGCCGCUUUGGCCUCUCAGCUUCCUUUCCCUGUUCCGGUCAAAGCAUCCAUGUGUGUGCCCUGGGGAGCCAGCCCUCUCUUAUGUUCGGCCCAUGGGGGUCUGACUGUGACUGCCCCCUCCCCUGGUCUUGUGAAGGGAUGUGGCAUGCCCUGUGGCUCUUCCUGGCCACGUGGACCUGCUUCCCAGUGUAAGGCCCCUGGCCGUGGUCUGAGCUGCUGAGAGAGGCCGCUCUCCUUCCGCGGGAGGCUGCGCCUGGAGCCGUUGCAUGCGAGGACCCGUCACCCUUGUGGAGCCUUCACAUGGAGCCUGAGGCCAAGUGAGUCGGGCCCUGUGCCCCCUCGACCUCCCGGGUCAGGCAGCGCCACAGCUGACGCCGUGGACCUUCUCUGGAUGAGUGCUUUCCGUCACCUGCACUUAGAGGGUCCCCAGCCCGAUGGCCUGUCCCUGCCCCCUCAUUCUCAAGGGUCCUGCCGAGCACAGGGAGCUUCCAGGUAGCCUUCCCACUGCUUCGCUUUAAAGUGUGAACAGCAAACAGCAUUUAUCAGGCAUCCAAAGACAGAAAGUCUGCAAUACAACAGAGAAAGACCAAGGCCAAAAGAGAGACAUUGGCUACUCUGACAACCUACAAGACGACUCCAGGAAUGUCACCAACAGCAUGACCUUUGCGACCAAAUCCAGCAACCAGAACUUCAUCAUUUUCCUCCGUAAAGUUCAAACAACCAUCACUGGGUGCAAAGGCUGGGACUUUUGGGCCAUUCUUCAUUAACUGAAGCCUGACACACUUCCCUAUGGCAGAAUUUGGCUGUUUGGCUUCAACCCCUACUGUUUUGAGCACAGUUCCCUUUGCGUGAGAAGCGCCUCCAUAAGGGCUGGCCCUCUGGGCUCUGCUUUCUUGUACUGUUUAUCAGGCCACUUCUGGUCUUGUCAGUGGCUAUGGAGCUUCCUGGCAGGAUGAAGACAUGCCAUGGGCCUGAGCAAAAGAGAGCCAUUUCUUAAUUUUUAAAUGUUAUUUUUUAAAUUGAAAUACAUAUGACAUGUAACAUGUUGUAAAUGUAAGGUGUCCAACAUGUUGAUUUGGUGCAUUUACAUAUUGUUAUACGAUCGCCAUUGUCAAGCGUUUGAUUUCCAUCAACACUCAUUGGUGGGGAAAAAUGCCAAGAAAACUAGUCGUUGAAAUGAAUUUUUUAACUCGAUUAAGGCUGUAUUUCAAAAAAACCCUCAGCAGACAUCAUACUUAAUGGAGAGCCUUUAAAUGCGUUCCCUUAAAAAAUAUGAACAAGAAAAGCUUCCUACUCUCACCACUUCUGUCGAUCAGAGUAAAGUCCGGCCUGAGACCAGGAGACAGCCGUGCACUGGAGAAGCCACAGGCUCUGCAGUUCGACUGCUUACCACCCCCCGCAGCUGGGCAGCCAACGACCAGGCAGAGCUGACGAAGCCUGCAUUCUCCUGUGGUGCUUACUGGCUAGAGCUAGACAGCAGCUGUCCCUACGGACCGGAUGUGCCCUUUCCAACUCAGCCCAGUCCCCUCAUCCCUGAUUAUAC